AUGAAGUUCCUCAGCGUAAUAGAAUCUGCCUUGUUCGUGUUCACAGCUGCGAAUACGUCUUCACAGCCCUCAGAGGCUGCUCUGGAACCAAACUACACGUCCCCGCUAGGUGUGCAGUACAUCAGCCCUUCUACUAGCUACGAUGUCACAGGACCAUACAGUCUGCUCUCCAUCGCAGGCCCAACGCUCUAUGUCGCCGGUGUUCGUGGGAUAUAUCCUUCAAAUAACUCUCUCGCAGAGAUUGGCUAUCCCAGGAUACGUGUAGCGUAUGAGAAUAUGGCUUAUCUGGCGCGGUCGGCGGGGAGUGACCUGACAUCAUGCGCCCGUCUGGUAGUCUACGUAUCGGACAUGUAUCGCUAUCGCCCCCUCGUCAACCAAGUCCAAAUUGAGCUAUGGGCCGAGCUGAACACAACCGGCAAAGUGCUGUUUCCACCCAGAACGAUCAUCGAGGUGCAGAGGCUGAAUGACGAUGACAUUGUCGAGGUUGAGGGAACGUUCUGGCUGGGCUGA